GGGAGACGGUGAUGGGGGGAAUGUCGUCGCUGCUCGGCCUGGCGCUCUACCUCGGCUGCGGGGCGGCUGACGGUCCGCUGCUGGAGCCCUUCGAUCUACUCUACGAGGAAGGCAUCCGCGCCUAUUACCGGAGCGACUGGCCGGAGGUGGUGCGGGCCAUGGAAGCGGCGGUCGACAGCUACCGGCAGCUGCGGCGGCUCCAGGUGCGCUGCCGGCUGGAGUGCGCCGCCCGUCACGGCCUGGGGCAGUCCGGAGACCAGCUGGUCGCCACCGUCCUGCACCGGGCGGACUGCAUCCGCCGCUGCCAGACCGGCUACAUGGGGCCUGCCUCCAUCUACCGGGUCAGCCCGGACAUCGAACACGAGUUCGAGCGGCGCGGCCCCUACAACUACCUGCAGCUCGCUUACUACAAGGGGAAAAUUCCAGCCACUCGCCAACCCUGCCUCCCGUAUACGCAGAUGCUGUGGAUACACGUUAAUGCAACGUCACACACAAUUUCAAGCUCACACCAGCUGGGUGAACUGGACAAGGCUGCAGCUGCUGCCCACACCUUCUUCUUGGCCAACCCCGAGCACAUGGAGAUGAGACAGAGCCUUGAGCGCUAUAGGCAGAUGGAGGGCGUCCAGGAGAGCCACUUUGCUGACCGGGAGAUACGGCCAUACAUGGAGGCCUUUAACAGGGGGCUGGAGCACUUUGGUGAGGAGGAGUACGGACUGGCCAUCGCAGCGCUCGAAGAGGCUCUCAGUCAGUUCUGGCAGGCCGAAAAGGAGUGCCGGGCCUAUUGCCAGGGCCCGCUGGUGUUUGACAGUCGGACCCAGCAGUGGAGGGGCCUGCACCUGUACGAGAUUAUCACAGCUCACUACCUACAGGUGCUGGUGUGUGAACAUGGCUGUGUAAGGGAGCUCUCGACGCGCGCAGGCCGACUCUCGCCCAUUGACAGCUACCUACCCCUGCACUACCACUGCCUGCAGUAUUCCUACUACAAGGUGAAAGACUACAAGAAGUCACUGGAGGCCGCGCGGUCGUACCUGCUGCUGGUGCCUGAGGAUGUGGACAUGCUGGCAAGCGUGGCCUCUUACCGCCAUCUGCUUCAGGCGGAGAGAGACCCUGCCUCUGUCAAACCUCGCCAGGAGCUGGUCCAGUACAUGGAGAGGUAUCGGGUGGAGAAGAAGCUGUUACAGUCCCUCACAGUGGAGUGGGAAUUCACGUACAUGGAUCCGAUGAGCUGGAGUGUAUCCCAAGAGAAGAACGAAGAUAAGCACCAUGCAGACAGGUCCCCAGCAACGAAGGUGCACACCCUGAAGAAACCACCGGCACCGGUAUUGCAGAAGAAGAGGACAGGAAGGAAGGCUGAUCGAAAUCUGCGUGAAGGUACGAGAUUGGAACCUACCCAUAGAGCGUCUGUUCAGAGGAUGUUGCUAGUGGUGGGGAGUCUGGCACCAGACGGACAUUUAUUUAGAAAGAAUGCAGAGAUGUAUUCUGAUGUCUUUCAGUACGGAUUCGAGGGCCGGAUCUCGAUGCGUGGAGCCAAGCUGUUCUACGACGUGAGUGAGAGGGUUCGCCAGAUUGUUCAUUCUUACUUCAUGCUGAACUCCACCCUCUACUUCUCGUUCACACACCUGGUGUGCCGCACCGCAAUCGAAGGUCAGCAGGACAAUCGCAACGACCUCAGUCACCCGAUCCACGCCGACAACUGCCUCUUGGACCCCGACGCACAGGAGUGUUGGAAAGAGCCGCCUGCCUACACACACCGCGACUACAGUGCCAUCCUCUAUUUGAAUGGAGAUUUUGAAGGCGGUGAAUUUAUUUUCACAGAAGCUGAUGCUAAAACGAUCACGGCCGCGGUGAAGCCUCGCUGUGGGAGGGUGCUGAGCUUCUCCUCGGGGGGAGAGAACCCCCACGGGGUGAUGGCUGUCACCCGGGGUCAGAGAUGUGCUGUCGCUCUGUGGUUUACUCUCAACCCCCACUUCCGGGAGCUGGAGCGGAUCCGGGCCGACGAGGUGGUUCAGCUCAUCUCUCUUCAACAGAGUUUGGACAACAAAUUACAUAUAAACCCACGAGAUGAAUUAUGAAUUCUGGUUUAGAACAUAUUUAUUUAAAUCUCUGGCAACCCCUGUAGAAAUUAUGAUUUUCUGUAAAAAGAUUAUUUAAGUUUUAAACUUUACAACAUGAGCACAUCAGUUGUUCUGCCUGAGGAGGUGACCCCAGGUAUGUCCGGUCCGCAGACGGUGUCUGCUUCCUGGCAGUUCACCUCCCCUUCCCCGUUGGUACUUUGCCCCCCGCUGACAAAAGGGCUUCAUUCCAUCGCUGGCCAGCCUGUCCCAUCCGGGAGUGAGCAACUGGAUGGUGAAGAGGGAGCUCCACUCAGCGUCUGAUGGGACGAUGUGGAGGGAAAUUCAUUCGGUCUGAUUUCUGAAGUGCAGACAAUACGAAAUGCCCGUGGUUCUGGAGACCAGAAGUCACGGCCUGACUGCACCAACAUCAGCCGGUGUCACUGUGAUGUGUUCAGAGUUUGUGGUCUGCUUAUGUGAGUGCAAUGUAUUUACGAUAUUGUGGUUAAGAAAUUAUUUAUAAAAUUAAUAUUUUGCAGAUGUUAUGGAAAUGUAUUAUGUUGGUGAAAUGUUGCAUUGAGUCUAUGAAGUGUGUGGGCUGGUUUGAGCGGUGAUGAUACGGCAUUGGUGUGGGCUGGCACUGUGACCGGUCCUGGGUAGCGCAAGUGGCCUCACACCCACCCCACUCGGGGGCUGUUUUGCCCCUCUGGAUCAAUGCCAGGAUUUGGAUGGGUAUCUCAAUGCUGAGGUUUGUAGCAAUGAUAAUGUACUGUGAUUUGGUCUCAAGAUCCCAGAUUGCUUAAUGUCAUUUCCAUGCACAAGUCUAAAGGCAAACAAAAUGAUUAUUACUCUGGAGCUGAUGCAGCACAAAAAAAGGGACAAUAAUAAUAAAUACAAUAAAUAUAAAUUCAUAAGAUAGCUUAUAUACAUAGAUCGAGUGCCUGUACUUAAGGUGACUGACAGGAAAUGAUAGUGGGUUAAUUGGUGGAGGUGCUGCUUGGGGAAAGUAACUGUUUUUGAGUCUGGUGUUGAUGCUAUGUGGACUCCCCCCUGCUGAAAGUGGGACAAACAGGCCAUGAGCAGGGUGGGUGGGAUCCUUCAUGGUGUCACUGGCCCCUGUAUGUCCUGGGGUAGGUUGGGCACUCUUGAUCUGUUGUGGUGCCUUAUCCCUGUUACCUGGUCUGUUGGUCUCAGCCUCGUCUUCCGAUCAGCUCCCUUCCUGGACUCUUAGCACCUGGGGAGACACGGGUUAUUGGUUUAUAUUAUUUGAAUAUAUGAUGAGAAUUUUUAAAGAUUAAUACUUUGAAAAGUGAGAGACUUAAAUCUAUGAAUAAAAGUUAAAAUUCAA